AUGAAAACAUAUCAGUUGUGCUUUGCGGCGUGUUGCAACGCUGAGUGCAAGUACAAAGUGGCAGAGUCGCAAAAGAACCGCUUCGAAGAAGCGUUCCCGAAGAAAAUCGGCUAUCGGAAACAUAAGGCACUCGAGAAGGAGUUGGAAAAGGUGUUUUUCGAUGGGCGAUGUUUUCAGCGCGAAGGACGAUUCAUGGAAUUCAGCAUGAAAGCGUUGAAAGCCAGAAACGACUACCUGCUGUGCAUCGAUGCCGCGAACGCUGCUUUGCACAAGUAUUUCGCCGACGAUCUGUCAGACCUGAUCGACACCGAAGAUUGCCAAAACUGGGCGCAGAAUCUGGACAUUCGCGCUGACAAGCAACGUUUUCUUGAGUCCAAUCAUUCGCUGUUCGUGCUGCCACGAAAGUUUGAAUUUCGGCCCCAGAACGGCGAUGAAAUGCGGCAUGUCAGCGCGCAGAAAUCUGUCCAGGAUGAUCUCAUUCAGCGGGUAUGGCAACUCCAGCAGCGGCUGCUGCAGUUGAGGACCGAGAGCGAAGAGGUAAGACUUUAA